AUCUGUGCAAGUUAGAAAAUAAUGUGUUAAUCAGACAAUUAUUACAGGGUUUUGUUUGCAAGAAAAGAACACAGUAACGGCCUCGGAGAAAACGGAAGUAUCGGCAUGGUGGGUUUAAAAUUUUAAAAACGAUAAGGCUGGAUUACCAGCAGGCAACGUGGGCACCUGUCUUGAGGCCCUGAGAGCUCCAAGCUUUCUGUUUGUCAUGGUUUGUGCUACUUUAACUGAAAAUAUGCACCUCUGAAGUACAGUAUCCACUGACAUGAUAAUAGUGGGUUCUGCUUUGCUAAUUCUGCUAAUGUUGAGGUCCUGUCUUGAGGAGGACCCCUGUGACACAAUCUAGGUUGAAAACCCUCCUUAUCUGAUUGCAGAUAUCUAUAUUGAUGUCUUUAAUCAAAUGACUCCACAGCAGCUCUGGGGCCAGGUAAUCUAGCAGAUAAAGCACAGAUACCAUAAGUGUUUUAUGUGAUAAACAAAUCUCUUAUACUGGUCUCACAACUCAAGUAUCAGGUUAGGUGUAGUAGAAACCACUUAAGUCAAACUUAGCAUCAGUAUAACAAACACUGGGAUAUUCAACUAAAAAAUAAUAAUAAUGGUUUUUGAGGAUUUUUAUUUUUUCAAGGAACUCAAGUUCUUUUCGUUUAAAAAAAAUUGAAAAAUGUAACAUGCAUUAAAACAUAAAUUAGUUGAACAAGGAAUAUGUAAUAGCAUAUGUAAUCUGUAUUUUGUAGUUAAAAAAAAAACACAUUCAUGCACACUUAAUAGGCUUCUUUUUUUGGCAGAUUUACAGUUUCCUUCUCUCUGAGGCUUUGUAAUAUUUGCUCUGUGGUUGUUUUUACAGCAUACUUUUUUUUAUGCAGGAUGAGACUGUAAAUAUAGCUUGUGUUCAGGUCUUCACCAUGUCAUUAUCCUCUGAUAUGUUUUUUUUAAGUUUAUAUCUUGAAUAAUACUCUAAACUUUAAAAAUAAUUUUAUGUUGUUUUCUUGACAGAAAUGAAUGAGAUAUUUAGCCAACUGUAUAUCUUUUAAAAGCACAGCUACAGCUUUGGCGACCCCCAGUGGGGGAAGGGACACCCAGUUUGGGAACCAGUGAUCUAGUUAAAGGAAAGACCCAGUGCCUCUCUUUACAAGAACUCUUACAAGACUUUACAAGUCUUUCCUUUGGGCUUCGUAAAGUGAGCUAAGUCAAGUCGAUUAUUAUGGUAGCUGGAGUCAAACUUCACACACCUAUUCUAUAGUGGAUUUGUGCUGUUUCAGCUGGGCUUUGUAUAACAAGGACAAAAAGCCAAGAAUUGCAUAUGCUCACUUACCAAGUAAACUAAGUUUAAUGACUCUUAAACUAAAUAAAUAGGGUGACAACAUUUAAAUUAGUUUACAAAAAUUAGAUUACAAAAACAAGUGUCUGCUUUGUCAGUUCAACAUCAUAUGGAAAUAAAAUCAACAUGUGAUGAAUCUCAUAGGCUAUAUUACACUGAAACCACACAUUAUUUUAAUUAAGCAUUUACUUUCUAAAGACAGAGUAAUAACUUUACCUGCAGCAGCAAUAAAACAAUUACUGUAGGUAAUGUUUCUGUCACAAAGCAUUUAAAAGAAUGGAAAUAACGAAAAUCUUUUUUUGUAGGUGAGAAAGAAAUAAGGGGGUUCUCAGUGGACAAUGUAUAAGGCCCCUCAGUUUUUAAUGUGGCACUGCAGACGACAUCCAAGCGUGUGUUCCCCAGUAUGAUUACGCAAAAUGACGAGUUGCUUUCCUGGCUGCCGAUUGGAUGCGCUGUCUAAUGGGGCGUGGUGGAGAAUAAAACCAGGAAGUGUCGUUUCUUACAGUAGUAACAAAGUUAGAAUGUAUUCUCGAGAACAAAACAUGAACCAGAAUAAAGUUAAUACACAUGCAAACUGUAAAUGUGUCAUAAGAGGAGCAAACCCUCCGCUUGUGUGCUUGUUACAAAAUUAGGCUUUGGCCUACAGUUCAAUGACAGAGCCUUCACGGAGAAAUUAAUGGAUUAUUAGAGAUUUGAAAAAUUAAGAUGUGGGUUAUUUGUUGUUGCUAUUCCAGGUAGGCUUCAGCUUUAUAUAUUCUCGCACACCCUUAAUGGUUUCUAUUUUUCUUGCGCUGUGUUAAAAUCUACCACCACCUGGGGACUAUUUUUUUUAAUAAUAAAUGUAAUAUUUAGGCCAGGACCUGUUGCCUGUAGCCAUGUAUUCGUACUACGUGAGCUGUCAGAAGGUUGACACCCCACUUUGAUAUUUAUCUUAGCUCCUGUGCAUGUACUGGGUCCGCACUGCGAGCUGUGGUUGAAGGAACAGCCAACAAGCCGAAAAAACAACGACAUCGCACCCCGGGAGCUACCGAGAGAACGGUAGCAUGAUAGUCGUGGAGGGGAAUCGGCAGGAAGAGGGCCCGUAUCUGCAUUUCACUUCGCCUACACCGAGUUCAUUGAGUCGGUAACCAGCGUCCCGACAUGGGGAAGGAGGUAAAUGGUGUUUCCCGGAGCCGGUUUGAGAUGUUCACAAACAGUGAUGAGGCGGUCAUCAAUAAGAAGUUGCCUAAGGAGCUGUUGCUACGAAUCUUCUCCUUUCUGGAUGUGGUGACACUCUGUCGCUGUGCCCAGGUCUCACGGUCCUGGAAUGUUCUGGCCUUGGAUGGCAGCAACUGGCAACGGAUCGACCUCUUUGACUUUCAGAGGGACAUCGAGGGCCGGGUGGUGGAGAACAUUUCAAAGCGAUGUGGAGGGUUCCUUAGGAAGCUGAGCCUGCGGGGUUGUCUGGGUGUGGGUGACAGCGCCCUGAGGACUUUCUCGCAGAACUGCAGAAACAUUGAGUUGCUUAGUCUGAAUGGCUGCACCAAGAUUACUGACAGCACGUGUAACAGCCUCAGUAAGUUCUGUCCAAAGCUGAAGCACCUGGACCUCGCCUCCUGUACCUCAAUCACCAACCUGUCACUCAAAGCUCUCAGUGAGGGUUGUCCCCUGCUGGAGCAGCUCAACAUCUCCUGGUGUGAUCAGGUCACCAAGGAUGGCAUACAGGCCCUGGUGCGUUGCUGUCCUGGACUUAAAGGCCUUUUCCUCAAGGGAUGCACACAGCUAGAGGACGAGGCUCUGAAGCAUAUCGGGGCUCACUGUCCAGAGCUGGUCACACUCAACUUGCAGACAUGCUCACAGAUCACAGAUGAGGGUCUCAUCACAAUUUGCCGGGGUUGUCACCGCCUGCAGUCUCUGUGUGUGUCGGGCUGUGCCAAUAUCACAGACGCCAUCCUGCACGCUCUGGGACAGAACUGCCCCCGCCUCAGAAUAUUAGAAGUGGCUCGCUGCUCUCAGCUUACAGAUGUGGGCUUCACUACAUUAGCAAGGAAUUGUCAUGAACUUGAGAAGAUGGAUUUAGAAGAAUGUGUGCAGAUCACAGAUGGAACACUCAUCCAGCUGUCUAUCCACUGCCCUCGUUUGCAAGUCCUGAGUCUGUCUCACUGUGAGCUGAUCACCGAUGACGGCAUCAGACACCUCGGCAGCGGCCCCUGCGCUCACGACCGUCUGGAGGUGAUCGAGCUGGACAACUGCCCCCUGAUCACCGAUGCCUCACUGGAGCACCUGAAGAGCUGCCAUAGUCUGGAUCGCAUCGAGCUCUAUGACUGCCAGCAGAUCACCCGCGCAGGCAUCAAGAGACUAAGGACCCAUCUGCCUAACAUCAAAGUGCAUGCGUACUUUGCUCCCGUCACUCCGCCCCCCUCCGUCGGGGGCAGCCGUCAGAGGUUUUGCCGCUGCUGCGUCCUGCUAUGAUGUAAAGACAACAACCCCCCCCUCCUCUCCCUGUGUCCCUCGUACACGCUCCCCGCAGCCCGUCACUUGACCCCUGACCUGCUGUCUCCCUCCCGGCGCCCUGUCAUAGAGUACGUGCUGGUGUGUGUCCCCUUCCCUUUGGAGCUGCAGAGAGAGGGAGAGAGCCAAAACACGCUACACGGUCUUGGGUAACUUUCCCCCAGAAAACAUUCCCGAAUCUCUCCACCACACACGGACAGCUCAUACACAACAGGCUUUCUGAUAUGCACACACACUUACACACACAGAUUAACUCUUAGAAGAAUAUCAGAACAUUCCUGGUCAGUGGACAAACUAGUAUUACAAGAGGGUUGUGUAAAAAUCAGAUGUGAUCAUCACUGUUAAGGGAUUUAACUCUUCAUCAAAUUGUGUAUUUGAGGGGAGUGACGCAAUUCAGUUAUUUAGCACUUUUAGACAGAUUACAGUCACAGCCUUUAAACAGAAUAUUGAAAAGGUUAAAAAAAAAUCCCUCUAACUUCUCACACAUAUUUCCCUCGCCAUUGAAGGUCACUUAACAGCUACCUCUAGACGGGAACUGCACUCGAGUAAGACCUGUUUAGCUUCGCUCUGCAGGCUGUUUAUUUCAAGAAGGGGCAGCGAUGCAGCCGAUAAACUGCAGACACCCCCGACACACACACAGGACGCAGCAGAAAGCCUUUUUU